GGCCGCUGCGGGCAGAGGCUGCGCCCAUCCCCGGCAGCUCCAUCCCCGGCCGGGCACGGAUCUGGAGCCUGGCACGCGAUUGGCGCCGCGCUGGCACAGGGAGGGCUCCGGUGCCGCCCCUCCCCUCCUGCAGACCCCCCCUCCGAGCGGAUUUGGGAGCGCAGCCAUCGCCGGGGGAGCGGCAGAAGCGCGGAGGGGCACGAAAGCCGCCCUGAGCCCGGCCCCGCUGCCCGGCGAGCCGCGGAGCAGCGGCUGCGGCGGGCACAGCCGGCCUGGAUGCCUCGCCACGCUCCUUCAUCCUCAUCCUCAUCCUCAUCCUCCUCCUCAACCUCAUCCUCAUCCUCAUCCUCAUCGCCGGCGCCGCGCGGGGGCCGCACCUGCUGAGCCGCAGCCAGGAGGAGGAGGAGGAGGAGGAAUGCGGAGCAGCCGGGGAGGAAGGCUCGCCUUUGUUCCGCUGUGAGCGCCCAGCCCUUCCUGGGGGGAUCUGCUGCCCCCAGCCCCUCCCCACGAGCCAUGGGCACCACGGAGGCCACGCUGCGGAUGGAGAACGUGGAUGUGAAGGAAGAGUGGCAGGACGAGGACUUCCCCAGGCCUCUCCCAGAAGAGACAGGGAUGGAGUCACUGGGGAGCCCCACGGAGGACGAGACCACGUCCUCUCCCCCCAACACUCUGAACUUUAACGGGGCCCAUCGGAAGAGGAAGACCCUGGUUGCACCUGAAAUCAACAUUUCCCUGGACCAGAGCGAGGGCUCCAUCCUCUCCGACGACUUCCUGGACACCCCAGAUGACCUGGACAUCAACGUGGAUGACAUCGAGACUCCUGAUGAGACGGAUUCCCUGGAAUUCCUGGGCAACGGCAACGAGCUGGAGUGGGAAGACGACACCCCGGUGGCCACGGCCAAGAACAUGCCUGGGGACAGCGCAGACCUCUUUGGGGACGGGGGCACAGAGGAUGGCAGUGCCACCAACGGCCGCCUCUGGAGAACCGUCAUCAUCGGCGAGCAGGAGCACAGGAUCGACCUGCAGAUGAUCAAACCCUACAUGAGGGUGGUGACACACGGAGGAUACUACGGGGAAGGCCUGAACGCCAUCAUCGUCUUUGCUGCCUGCUACCUCCCGGACAGCAACCUGGCUGAUUACCACUACAUCAUGGAGAACCUGUUCCUGUACGUGAUCAGCAGCCUGGAGCUGCUGGUGGCUGAGGACUACAUGAUCGUGUACCUGAACGGGGCCACGCCGCGCCGCAGGAUGCCGGGCCUGGGCUGGCUCAAGAAGUGCUACCAGAUGAUUGACAGGAGGCUGAGGAAGAACCUCAAGGCCCUGAUCAUCGUGCACCCCUCGUGGUUCAUCCGGACCGUGCUGGCCAUCUCCAGACCCUUCAUCAGUGUGAAGUUCAUCAGCAAGAUCCAGUACGUGCACAGCCUGGAGGAGCUGGAGCAGCUCAUCCCCAUGGAGCACGUGCAGAUCCCAGACUGUGUCCUGCAAUAUGAAGAAGAGAGGAUCAAGGCCAGGAAAGAAAGGGCAGAGGAGAAGCAAGACAUGGCUGAGAGGGAAAGCAGGCCCGUGCCCCCAGCAGAGGACCAGGAGACCAGGUUUGAACUCUUUGUGUGGCUGGCACACAUCCUGGGCCAUUUUGAUCCAUGACCAGGAAAGCCAAGGCUGGCUUCGGCCCAGGAUCCCCCAGCCUGGUGUCACAUUGUCCCCUCUGCCACCAUCGGUGUCCCCAGCACACUCCUGUGACCCAUUUCACCAAAUUCACCCAUUUCUUUUGUUGGUGUGGUGGCAGUAAUCACAUUUCUUGCCUCAGUUUGCUGCCUGAAAACCCCUCCUGUCUCUUUUCCCUGCCCAGCAUGUCCUGAGUGGGAGCAGCACGAGGAGUGAGGAGAAGGAGCAGCCUGGCAGUCACCCACCUCAACGGGGAC